AUGCCACCAAAAAGAGAUCAACAAGUCGCGAAUCCGACUCCAACGCAAGUUCCAGCCAAUGCGAAAUUUCCUGAGGCAACUAUGGCUGACAAUAGGGACGACGAGGACUUCGCCAUGGAACCUCUCGGAAGAGAGUUGACAGCCGCUGAGAAGGAGGAGCUUCCGAAGCAGAAAGAUUUGGAAUCGACUCCCGAUCUGGCUGCCAAUUAUGGAGAUAUGAUUGAAAAGCUGUUGGUAACGCUUGCUGAUAUUCAGAAGAUGGUCACCUACCUUAAACAAAUCGGUAAUGCAAAGAAGACCGCGGAGGAGCAAAAUUCGACGAUUGAACCUACUUCUGAUCCAACUCAAAUGGAUCUGACAAAGAAUGAGGGAGCUGUUCAACCCCAUCAUGAAGAAUCAAGUUCUGCGGGUACAGAACCGCCAUUCAAAACCAUUAGUUAUAAUUUGUUACAACUGAUAAAUCCAAUACCACCUGAUACUCCUAGCGAUAGAAAAUGUUGGACUACAAAACAAGAGAAAGAAGUUCUCAAAAGAGAGAAGGAGCAGGACCAGAUAAAUGAAAUGGAAGCAAAGGUUAAAAAUGCUAUACAUGACCGCCAAGUGGAGGUGGAGAGCAUGAACCGCCGCCGUGAAAAAUAUUCAACAGAUCUUGCUAAUGAAGCUCGCAGAAAAAGUCAAGCUAAUGAAAUCAAAGUUCGCCAAGCCGAAAAAACUCGAAGGAAAAAGGAAGCCAUCGCAAAAAUACAAACAGAGCAAUAUCCUCACUAA